UGUUAGAAGGAGUAUUUAAAGAGCCUUCUUUGGAGUGGCAAAUGAAACACCUCAGCAUCUUGGAGCUUUUGUAGUCAUUGAUAGAAUUAUAUUUUUCCUGCAAAGUAAGAAAGAUACCCUGGCUGCCAUGAAGGUGAGAGGUGUCCCCCAGACAUUUGGAGGACUCUGCUGCGUUCUGUGGCUCUCAUUGUGUUUUCUUGCCGAAUUCGAAGGUGGCGGGAAGGUCCUGGCUUCAACACCAGCCAAUGUACUUUUUGAUCCAAUCACUGCACACCCAAAUCUCCGUGUGUCUCCAAACAAGAAGACUGUGACGUGGCUACCUGAACCCCAAAAUGUUCCUGACAAUCCAGAGAGGUUCAAUGCCAGCUAUUGUUUGCUGGGUACCCCAAGAUUCACCAAGGGGAAACACUACUGGGAGGUGGAGUAUGGAGGCCAGAGGGAAUGGGCAGCAGGGGUGGCCCGGGCGUCUGUGCAAAGGAAAGGGUAUGUCAGCAUGACACCAGAGGAAGGGAUUUGGCAGGUGGGUCUUUGGUGGCUUCGUCGCGGGGAAACUGAUUCCCACCAACCUCCCAAACACCCUGCAAAGAUCAAGAUAUCUCUGGAUUAUGAGCAGGGAACAGUGACUUUUAACCUGGAGAAUAAGGUCACUGUACAGAAAGCCUCUUUUAAAGGGGAGAUUAUUCGCCCCUUCUUCUAUGUAGGGGCAACUGUUUCACUCAAAGUGUGAGUGAAGCAGAUUUCUUGAGAUGCCAGAAGCUGCAGUUGGAAACAAGACAAUGGGGAUUUUCCAAGAAAGACCCACAGUGCAUUAAACAAAACACAUAUUCAUUGGCUAUGGAUGCAUUUACACUUUAACUGCCAUGGUCCAGUGCUAUGUAGUCUUUGAAUUUGUAGUCUGGUGAGACACUGGCACUCUUUGGCAGAUCAAGCUAAAAACCUUGUAAAACUACAACUCCCUUGAUUUCAUAACACUGAGCCAUGGCAGUUGAAGUGGGCUACACAGAACCAAUUUUCAGUUGUAUUACUCUUUUUUCAGUAUAAAAAAGAAGGAAUGAGUCAUUUGGCACCUUUAAGUCUAUUUUUUUUCUGCAUAAGCAAAGUAAUGUUCAGAAUUUUACAAUGAAGCCUUUGGUAAAAAAAAAAAAUCCCCAAAAAAUAUCCAAGCCAUGUUCAGAAAACCAAAAGGACAAGAGAUCAUAUUGCAAUUUUUUUCUGUUGGCCAAUGAAAUACAUCACAGAACUUCCUGAGAAAACCAAAUUGUGCUUUAUGUGUUAUAACAAAAUAUUUGCUUGUGUAAAUCAUAAAAGUCCUAUGGCUAUCUCUCAAAUAAAUGAAGGUUGUAUAACA